ACCUCUGAAUGUCAAAAAACAUUGUUGUGAUCAUUGUCAAAUUUUGUAUUGUGAAAUUUUAAAUCAUAAUUUAAAACAUUUAAAAUAUCUUAUUGAAAAAAGAAAAACAGUUAUAGAGAUUAUAGACUUGUAAGACAAGAAUUAAGCUAGCUGUUAAAAUGUCAAUGAAAACACGAGGGAGUUCUAAGGCAGAAAAAAAUCGUGCAGCUCCAUAUUCUAAAAACGAUGUGGUGUCACUUGGCAAAUCCACAAUAACAAUUGGUACAACUAAAUAUAGAGAUACAAAUGGGGGUUUUCUGUUAAUCGAUCAACCAAAUGAAGAAAAGAAAUUGCCACAAAUAGAAGAACCUCUCACAGAUCUUUCUAAACAUGAGUGUGAAUCAUGCAGUCAGCCAUUCAUAAAGUCUUGGUUGUUUGAUAAGUUUGGUCACAAAUGUUGUGAUAGAUGCAAAGAAGAUGAUGAAUAUAAACUUAUUACAAAAACUGAAGCCAAAACAGUAUAUUUACUUCAAGACUGUGAUUUAGAUAAGCGAGACCCACCAUUGAAAUUUGUAAAACAAAAAAAUCCCCAUAACGCACGCUGGGGUGAUAUGAAGCUAUAUCUGAGACUUCAAGUAGAAAAAAGGGCUUUGGAGGUAUGGGAAAGUAUGGAGAGGAUUGAAGAAGAGAAGGAACAUAGAGAAGAAAAAAAGGUGCUGGCUCAAACUAAGAAAUAUGAGAAAAAAUUGAAAGAAUUGAAAAUGGGCAUGAGAAGCAGCUUAUAUAAUAGGACAAAGGGAGCCUUUCACACUCAUGAGUUUGGCCCAGAGAUGUAUAAUGAGGAAGAUGAUAUUUAUACAAGAACAUGUUUAACCUGCUCUUAUGAGGAAUCAUUUGAAAAAAUGUAAUUUUUUAUAUUGUGUCUUUAUGCUGUCUCGAAACUUUUAUCAGUUGUUUGUCAAUUUAAUAUUUGUGUUUUUAUAUGGAUCUGCAAAUAUUUAGAUAUCUCUUCUUGGUGUCUACUAGGUAGAAGUUUUGUUUUGUAUAUUUAAAAUAAAUUUUUUUAUAUAA